GGGGGGGAGCCCGUUAGUGACGGUUGGUUGGCGGCGUUUGGAGCGCGACUUUAAAUAUUCAAUUACCUUUGUGUGCGACUCGGAAAAAGAGUGGAAGCGGCCGUCGGUGCGUUGACGGGAAUGGAAGAGUUUGUGUCGGAGUUUGGGGAGCUGAGCAGCGCUGAUAUUGAGUGGCUCCAGAAUUUGUACAGAUUUACAGGAAAGAACAUCCUUCCUGUUGCUGUAGAUUGUGAAGUUACUUGUAAGGAGUUGAGCAGCUGUCUCUUUCAAUGCUUAUGCAGAAUUUGUCACAAUCACAGUAAUACUUGUUGCUAUCGAAGAAAAGAUGGACUUAUUCUACCUUUAAGCUAUAGAUUUAUAUCCCUUGAGGAACUUCAGUCUCAGCAGAAGACCCCUUGCUGUAGUCAAUUAACAUGGAGCACCAGUCAGUUCAAGCAGUGGACAGUACAUAAAGAGAGUUUACUAAUAAGUCAUAAGGCACUUAGUCGGACAAACUUGCUGCUGUGUGGUAUCCUGACAGAUAAGACCUCGAUUACUCCAAGUGCUGAAGAGAGACAAGAACAACACAAUGGAGGAAUCUUGUACUUGCAGGACAAAAGUGGAUUCAUACCUUGUGAGGUUAUCAAAUUAGAUGCUCGGUGGUUGGGGCAAUUAGUACUACUUCCAAGCUGGAGUUACAUUCCAUUGACUACUGUUUGGAGACUUGGUGGGACUGAAGCUGGCUAUCUUGAGAUAAUCGAAGCACCAUUUCUUGUGUUUCCAAAACUGUUAGUUGGAAGCCUUUUGGCAUCAAACACGCUGAAUGUUUUACUACCAGAAUCAGCAAUUCAUCUCCUGGACAAAGGGUUUCAUUGCCCUAAAGUGAAGAUGAACAUAGCUGGAGAACUUGGCUGUCUGUGUUCGCUUAUACAUAUCCGAGGGAAAACAUUUUUCUUCUUCUUCCUUAAUUCCUUUGAAACUGAAGAUUCUCUUCCAGUUUUAGUUCAGGUUCCUGCCAAACUAAUGUGGCAUCACUGCUUAGAAGUUUCAAAGCAAUAUGUCAUAACGAAGGUCUUCAUUUCCAGUCUGCAGGGCACCAAUUAUAAGGUGUUUGUAGUGUCAUCGUCUUCUGACUUCUACCAAUAUGAUGUGGGGUCUGUGAAAGAACAAACACUGGCAGAAUUUAUGAAUAUUUCACAUAUGAAGCAGGCUUCUAAAAGUGAGCAAACAUCACUUGCUUGUAAGGAAGAAUCUUUUCAGAAUAGGUCUUCUGUGGACUGGUCAACACAACACACCGUAGAAGAAAUGUGUAAGAGCAGAGAGUCCAAAAUAUGUUCUUAUCGUGGUAUGAUAAGUAAGGUAUUAAACGUUGCAGCAGGCCUUUAUGAGCUGGACGGUAAAUUUGGUCUUUGUGUGGCUUAUCAACAGCUAGUAAAUUAUGGACGUGGUUUGCGGCCUGGAGCACAAGUGGAGAUUCAUGAUGCCCAUGUGCACCGGAAGGUACAUGAACAUUUCCCACACAUCAUGCUUUGCUGCUGCCUGAGGAGUACUUUGGUGAUCACAGAAUUUUCUGGGCUUAGUACAGAAUUUCAGCCCUUCUCUUCCAGUGGCAAUCUCUACAUCAGUUUGCUGUUCAAGUAUAAUCUGGAUCUGCCCAAUUAUUUGUGGGUGGUUCACAUUAUAGAAACAUUUACGCAAAGGUUUUGCCCUCACUUCCUUCGAAAGCAGCACAUCCUAAUGUGUGAUACUGAAUCUGGAAUUAUUGGGAUGUUUCUCAACUCUGUUCUGAAAUAUACCAGUUGGAAAUUGGUAGCUAAAUCUGAGCGGAACAUCUACCAGGAGAUAUUGGCUCAGUCACAUCAGUGUCCUCUUAAAGAGAUCUCUCAACCAAAUUUUCCAUGUCAGAGUAUUUCAUUAUCAGAAUUGCUAUCUCUUACUGAAGAAAGAGCCUGGAGAUCUCUCAACAUGUCCUCCUUGUUGCCAGAUGACGAGAUCAAAUACUUGAUAGCUCAGCAGCUUAACAGUAAGCUUGCUUGGUCAUUUGAAGUUUCAAAACCUGAAGAUUUUCAGCCUCAAAUGAUACUGCAUGGUAUCUUCCAGGCAAAUUACAGAACUGGUCAUUUGCAGCUUCGAGACACUUCGGGUACGUUGGACUGUGUUGUACUCGACUCUAAUGAAGUGAACCAAAUUGCUUUUAGUGACACUUCAUAUUUGGACUGUUUGGUGCAGCUGCAGAAAUACCAACUGGUUUCAGAACGAUUCAUUCAUAGUGAGUUCCCUUCAUCAAAACAACUUGAUGAUCCAAGGUUUAUCAAAGAGAAACACACCAGGAUCUAUGUCCAGUUCUGUGCGGCUGACUUGCAAGUGCUCAAGAGACGUGCUGUUUCGACAAGACCAAAACUGCUCAUCCCUGCACUGUCUAGCACCUUGUCGACCAGUGCAAGAACUGCAGCUCGCAGCAGCUGCAAUGAGGCAUGCAAAAACGAUGAGCUCAACAGCAUCACAUCCAAUCAGCACCAGCAUGGCCCUUCCCUUCCCAAAAUGCCUCGGCUGGAGGAAGUUGUGCUGCAAGAAGGCCAUGUUGGUGAAAGUAGAAGAACUGUUUGUUCACACCCAUUAUGGACUGGCGACGAAGCGGUGGGCAUCCCGGGCGAGGGAAAGCAGUUGCCGGGCACAGGUACACCCGCUGGACAUUCGACAGCAUGCACCAGCCAAAGAAAAAAGGAAACCAGCAACGUCGGCUGCGUUACCCAGUUAAUAGUAGUAACUCACAAAGAUGCUUUGAUGCUGAGGAACUGUCAAUAUGGCAGAAACGAAGGCUGUGAGCAUACUAAUGGCUCUGGAGAGGCUUUCAUGAAGAAAGCUAAGCCGAAGCUGCGCCUGGCUUUCCAGGCGUCUGCAGUCCAUAUAGGAAGCCCCAGAGAGUGGAAAGAUGAAUCAAAAAUCGAGGGAUUGCCAGAGCUGGAAACAGACCCCUCUCUUUGUUCUGAACACAACAAUCGUACACAAGUGCUGUUAAAUUUCAUGGGCAAAGCUGUGAAGUGGUACCAUCUAAUAAACCCAGGGGGAGUGUACAGACUGAUUGCAUCAAAACAGCUGGGCGCAUCUGCUUUUGAACAACGUAAUUCUACAACCAUUCCAGAAAAGACUCUGCAAAGUUUGAAUUGUCCACUUUUCCUUUCUUUUCAACCUGGCUGGAACUUGCAGUAUAUUUCUACAGUUUCUUGUUUACACCGGUCCCAGCUUUUCAAAAGUCUGAUCAACCUGUCUGCUUAUUUUGAAAACUUGGCUUCAGAAGUAACUCAUCUUUGCACUAUUCAAGAAGUACUUUCUUGCAGUUUCUCAGCACCACUUGUCUCUUUCACUGGAAUCAUAUUGGAAAGGAUCUGCUAUAACCCCAAUAUAAGAGCUAACUUUGCAGCUGUUAUAACUGACAAAAAUGCACAAGGUAUUUCAGUUCCUGGUGACUGGGGCCUGAAGCUAACUGUUGGUGAUGUUCAAAAUACUACUAUAGUUCUGCACAUCUAUAUAGAUUUCAUGAUGUUAUCUUACAUCCUUGGAAUUCUACCCGGUUCUGUGGUGACAUUUCAUAGUUUGGAGAGAGUAACAUCCAGACAUAAUAAUGUGUACUGCAAAUAUGUGCCUUCAAGCAGUGUGUCUAUGCUUGAGAAUCCAUCACCAGAGGCUGUAAGGUCAGCCAGUGCAGACUUGCCCCGGCUGUAUCUUGGAAAUUUAAUCUCUGUGCAAGGCAAUCACCUGCAGGGAAUUGUUUGCUGUCAUGUGGUUAAUAUUCACUGGCUGAAACUGCAGUGGGUGUGCAGUCUUUGUUGCAGCAUUGUUAAGCAGGGCAAGUGCACAAGAAGUUCUGGGCCAUGUCCGUCUGCAGUUGCUAUAUUUCGUGCUAAUGCAAGCGUUACUGUCGAGGAUGGAACUGCAGUUGCACGAGUGUACUGUAAAGAUAAACAGGUUGCAGACCUGCUGGCCCUUGGUCCCAUAGAUUGGGAAAGACUGCAACAUCAUAUUGGCCCACAGGGGGAAGUGUAUUUUCAGUGCCAAGGUCGCACUGGAUAUGAACUGCAUGAAGAGAAUACCGAAGAUAUCCUAAUGCAGUACUUUGGAGUUGUAUGUACUAGCGCCAUUGUCUGCAGGCCCAUUCAGCUUGCUUUCAGAUUUGAAUCGAGAAGCAAAUCCAAAAUAGGACAGAAUGAAACCUUUCAACUGAGGACAUUCUCAUGUGGAGACCACCAAUAUAUGACCAAGAUGACACCCGCUUUGUCUUUGACUUGUUUGGACAUAAAGGAAGUGGAUUAUCGAAAGCUUUGCCAUUUGGCAAAUGAUAGACUGAUCCAAUAGUAUCGUUAUUUAAGUGCAUCAACUAUGCAACUGUAGAACAAGAAAUAAUCCCUCAAGUGAAUCAAGAGAUUUGAUGUUGAUGUUUACAAAAGCAUUGCAAGCUGUGAAAAUAAUUUUUGUACUACUGCCUAUUGAGAAAAAUACCUUUUUAUCAAAUUGAUUUUAAACUGACUCGUUUAACGAUAUUCCACUGCAAAGCAAUACUUUAAAUUAUGAUUUAUAUUUUUAAAAUAAACUUCAUUAUAUUAAAAUAAUUAGUAUUUUAGCCUGUAA